AUCCACGGGCCUUCCCCAUUCAGACAACGUAAAAACAAAAAAACAAACAUGAACAUUCCGACCAAACUCGCAUCCACCGUUCUUGUCCUUGCAGCGGUGGCGACCACCAUCGUCGUCGCAGUUCCCGCCAAACCCAACACCGACGGCAAGGGAGGUUACGUAUUGUUCACUCCUCAUGCAAAAGCUGUAGCCGGAAUCUGCCGUGUCGUGCAAGACAAGAGUCUCUGCUGCAAAACCCUAAAACACGUUCCCUCCGACGACCCCAUCCAGCUGAUAAGAUCCAUGGCUUCCGCAGCGGAGGCCGCUACUAAAGAUAGCCUGAAAUUCCUCUCUGGAAUCAAACCCAAAUACAAAGGCAAAGAGUUUGCGAUCAAAAGCUGCGAGAAAAACCUCGAUUACGCGUUGGAGGAUUUCGCCGAUUUCUGGAAACUGGCGGGGAAGGAUGAGACGAGCAUGGCGGAGAAUUACUUCACGUGCAAGCAAAAGAUGACUUCGAUAUUUGGGUACCACUCGACGUGUCUUGACGACGUAAAUGAAGUUGACAAGAAUCUGAUGAAAGAGGUUGAGGGUGGGAUCGGCCUGGGGAAGAAUCUGAGCGGUGAAACUUUGGAUGUUUACGCCCGUUUGAAUGAUAUUUUCAAGGGUUUCGGUAUUAAGGCGGAGCUUAACGAGAAAGAGACCGACCCCUUGCAACCGCCUCCGAUCUCCAACUAUUACUACUGAUAAUAUAUACACACACACCAACUAUGUCGAUGGUGAUUUGAUCGAUGGAUUUUUAAUGGGAAAUUUGUGGGUUUAGGAUGGGUUCAGUAACGUAUGAAUACCGUACGUGGGUUGUUUGUUUAUGUUAGAGGAAACACAUGUACGGGCCUCGUUGGAAGGGAUUGGAAUGCCAUGACGAAUAUGAAUGAUCUUGUUUGGUUCA